AUGUCUCUAUUCAGCUUCAUAACCACAAACCAUGUCCCAACGAUGGCGUUGGCGACAUUUUUUGCUCUCCUGGCUGGUAUCAUCAUGCCUCUCUUUGCAGUCAUUCUGGGUAAUCUCUUCAACACAUUCAUGCUGUUCGGCGCUGGUAGUGUCUCAAGUCAGACGCUACUUGACCAGGUCGUCUCCGGCUGUGUGCAGUUGGCGGUACUUGGGAUUGCUAAUUGGGUUCUGAAUGGAAGCUAUUUUCUCUUCUUCAUCGUUUUUGGGGAACAACAGGCGGCUAGUGCUCGCGCUGAGGUUUUCCAGGGGUUGUUGGAAAGGAAGAUUGAGUGGUUCGAAGGGCAAGAGAAUGGCACUGCGGCUUCUUUGUCAUGUCUUCAGGCCCAGAUACAUGAUCUACAGAUGGCAACCUCGCAACCGCUAGGAAUCGUCCUGCAGUACGCCUUCCGAACAAUCAUAUCCCUAGUGCUGGCACUCUAUACAUCCUGGAACCUCUCCUUGGUAACCCUGGUAGGAAUCCCGGUUUUUUCAGCUAUCGUCGCCUUCCUGUCAACCAAAAUGAAACCCAGCAUCGAAGCCCAACAGGGCGAACUCACAACCGCAUCCAAAAUCGGAAACAGUGCCAUCACCUCCAUCGACACUGUCAAAUGCCUGAACGCACAAUCAGUCGAGCUCCGCAACUUCUCCUUCCGAAUCGACAAAGCCGCAAUGCAUUACCUGAGACAUGCGCGCAUAAACUCUCUGCAAAUAGCAACGAUACGGUUGAUGAUGUUUGGUAUGUUUGUGCAGGGGUUCUGGUAUGGAAGCUCCCUGGCGAUUUCUGGUAAGCUGUCAGCUGGUGAGGUCCUGCGGACGUUCUGGGCUUGUUUAAUAGCUGCUCAGUCGAUUGAGCUUGGGCUUCCACAGGUUAUUGUAUUAGAGAAGGGUAAGGUUGCUGCUGCUGCAUUGGUGGGGACUUUGAAUUAUUCGACGGAUGAGCGUUCGGAUGAGACGAAGGGUGCGUCGUAUCCGCAGUAUUGUGAAGGUGACAUCGAAGUGAACAAUGCCUCAUUCGCGUACGCAUCACAGCCCGAAAGACCAGUUCUAAACUCAGCCAGUUUCUUCUUCCCAGCCGGAGAGACCACAUUCGUGAUUGGAAAAAGCGGCUCUGGAAAAAGCACCCUUGGACAACUCCUCAUGCGAUUUUACCUCCCGACGUCCGGUGAAAUUCACAUAGACGGCAAUCCGAUUGAAUCGCUUAGCAUCAACUGGAUCCGAAACAACAUAACCCUCCUCGAGCAGAAGAGCGUGCUCUUCAAUGAAUCAAUCCUCACCAACAUCGAGCUCGGACGUCGAGAAGGUGAAUUUUUCGGUGUAGACGAUGUGCAAAAUUGUGUUGAUAUGGCGAUGCUCCAGAGUACGGUUGAUAACAUGCCUUGCGGUAUCAAUACCUGUGUCGGUAGCGGUGGGGGCUUUUUGAGCGGAGGACAGAGACAACGAGUUUCCAUUGCAAGAGCACGGCUAAGGGAUACACCAAUUCUCAUUCUCGACGAACCUACAAGCGCUCUGGAUAGCGCCAACCGCACUGCAAUCAUGAAGGCGAUUCAAAAAUGGCGAAAGGGAAAAACGACAAUUGUUAUUACACAUGAUAUGACCCAAAUCCAGGACGAUGACUUUGUCUAUGUCAUGGAGCAUGGCUCUGUUGUGCAGUCAGGGUACAGAAGGGCAUUAGAAAAGAGCACAGAAAGCGAUCCCUUCGCCGCAAAGGCAUCACAAGAGACAAUGUACGAUUCAGGCCAUCAUGACCCUGCGGAUGAUACAUCGGAUGAUGAUAUCUUGAUGGCAAAGAGUGUACACGAGAGGAGCGAAAAUAUACCCGAUCUUCCGCUGAAGUCACCCACUGCACCCUACAUGCAACAUCGGAAAUCGAUCUUCCAAGAACUGCUACCAAGUCCCACCCGAAACGGCGGUUUUGGAGACGAGGAUCUUCUUGGUCAGCCCGGAAUUCCGAUGCGACGACUUGACAGAGCUCGCGUUAACAAGCGAAGGUCGGUGCUCAUAGACCUACAUGACCGUCGUCUUUCAGUCGCUCCUUUCCAUCCUAUAGAGGCGACUAACCGUCGACAGUCAAUUAAUCCCUACGGAGAUCAGAUGAAGCCGGAACGCCUCUCGAAGCACCAAAAUGAAACAUCUAUCUACGGAAUCAUGAAAAGCAUAAUCCCAAACCUGACCAACUUGCAGCGACUGCUCUUAUCAAUAGGCUUCGUCUGCGCCCUCGGCCACGCAAGCGCAACACCACUCUUCUCAUAUUGCAUGUCCGAACUCUUCGGAACCUUCUAUGACAAACACGCCAAUGCCACGCGAUGGUCCCUCGCCGUCCUCGGAGUUGCCAUCGGCGAUGCAACUGUCUCCUACUUUAUGCAUUACCUCCUCGAACUCUGCGGCGAAGCCUGGGUCGACUCUCUCCGCAAGAAAGCUUUCCACCGCGUCCUCGACCAGCCCAAGCAAUGGUUCGAAGACGAAGCCAACACUCCCUCCAAACUCGUUGCUUGUCUGGACCAAAACGGUGAGGACAUGCGAAACUUGGUUGGCCGUUUUGCGGGGUUCGUGUUGGUGGCUGUUAUGAUUACCGUACUGGCUGUUAUAUGGAGUCUUGUUUCUUGUUGGAAACUCACGCUUGUAACGUUGGCUUGUGGGCCUGUUAUUUAUGCUAUUACGAGGGGGUUUGAGGGGACGAGUGGGUAUUGGGAGAAGAAGAGUAAUGAGGCUGGGAGGAUUGCGGGGGAGGUGUUUGUGGAGGCUUUUUCGGAAGUUCGAACGGUGAGGACGUUGACACUGGAGCCGUUCUUUCACAAAAAGCAGAUUAAGGCUGCAGCGAGGUGUAUGAAGAUGGGGUUAAAGAGGGCUGGGUAUACUGGGGUUCUGUUUGGGUUGGCCGAGUCGACUAUUAUGUUUGUUAGUGCUCUGGUAUUCUAUUAUGGUGCUGUUCUGGUGUCGUCGGCAGAGUUUACGGUCAAGGAUAUCAUGACGACGUUCUCGAUGCUGCUGUUCAGUAUUGGAUAUGCAGGCACUGUGUUAUCAUGGAUCCCCCAGAUUGGCACCUCACGCGACAUGGCAGCGCAAUUAUUGCGUCUGGCAAACCUCCCAGAAGGUGUAUCGCAUGAACACAGGGGCAGCAUAGGCAUCUCCCGGGCAGCUCCUGUGACUAUUACUGGGCUAGAAUUUCGCUACCCAUCGCGUGAUGACACUUUCGUUCUACGGGAUGUCUCCUUCACAAUCUCCAAAGACUCGUGCACAGCAAUAGUCGGACGUUCCGGAUCUGGAAAAUCGACCAUCGCAUCUUUAUUACUGUCUCUCUACGAACCACCACCAUCCACUAGCAACUUCCCAGCAAUCUGCCUAGGAAGCGUCGAUAUCCGCCGUCUUCACACACCCACUCUCCGCUCCCUGAUCUCUAUCGUCUCCCAACAACCCACCAUCUUCCCCGGCACAAUUCAAGAGAACAUCAGCUACGGACUCGACGCAGACUCUCCCCUCCGCAGCAUGCGUAACAUCCACGCUGCAGCCCAAGCCGCCGGCAUCGACGACUUUAUCGCCUCCCUGCCCUGUGGUUAUCUAACCGAGAUAGGCGACGGCGGCGUUGGACUCUCCGGCGGACAAGCACAGCGUCUAGUCAUUGCGCGUGCUCUGGUACGACGACCACAAAUCCUCAUCCUAGACGAAGCGACUUCGGCCCUGGAUCCAACCAGUGCGGAGGUUAUUCGACAGACAGUUAGGAAAUUGGUCAAUGCAAGACUGGGGUUGACGGUGAUCAUGAUCACGCAUGCACGGGAGAUGAUGGAGAUUGCCGAUCAAGUGGUGGUGUUGGAGCAGGGGUGUCUAGUUGAACACGGGGGAUAUGGGGAUCUCGUUAGACGAGAUGGAGGGAGAUUGAAGGCGUUGGUAGAGGAGUGUAUUUGA